UGACGAUGUAAACAAGAAAAGACAGUCGAGGGCAACAGGGAUCAAAUAGGCCGGUGUCACCGCAAAUGAUAGCCAUUAUACACUCAUAAACGGCUGACAUGGGGCUGCCUGUUACUAUUAAAGUCAAUUUCCGAGGGAACGUGAAGAGGUUUCUGGCUCAGGAUUUGGAUAAAUUGGAGUGGGAAUCCGUUGAAGCCUGGAUCAAAGCAUCUUUCGGGAUCAACCACUUUCAAGUCAAAUACUUUGAUGAGGAUAAUGAAGAGAUUUGCAUAAACAGUCAAGAUGAAUAUGAAGAAGCCAUCAAGAGUGCUGAGAAGCAGGGGAACCAGUUGCACAUGAAUGUGUACAAGAUGAAAGGGCAGGCCUGCGGCGGCCCACUGAAGACGGAGGUGAAGGAGCUGAAAGGAGACCUUCGGCCUGCUCCUCCUUAUCCAUCGAGGGUCAAAACAGUGGACAAAGGCACACAGGUCACCCCGGAGAGAGACGCUGUGACAGUAAAGGACACCAAGGGGAACAAACCAGAAGAUGAGCCACCUCCCAUGUGGUUCAGAUCGUACAUGGAGAAAUUUAAAGAUGAGGUGGUGAAAGAGGUCGUGGAAAGGAUGUGCAGUGACUUUUCUGGCCAGUGUUGUACCCACAAAUCAUCUGAUGGCCUCCAUGAGGUCGGCGGGGCUAGUGACGGUCCUAUAGGGCCUAGACCAGGCCCCUCCACCGCGAAUGGAUCCCUUGGCUAUACCCCAAACUGCAGCAGCUGCAAUAAACUCACCUCUGAAGGCGCCUACAAGUGCAGUGUGUGCCCGUCCUGCAUCCUGUGUGAGAUGUGCAGACAUAGCCAUGACCCCAGCCACAACCUCGUGAGAACCAAGACACCUCUGUCCAUCCCUGAGCACGGAAUGUCGGGAGAAUUGAGGUUCCCAAGGCGAGGAGACAGGACAGUGCGCAAGGCAGAGCGACAGCGCCUCAAAGCUGAAAGGAGGCAGCUAAGAGCUGAAGUGAAGGAAAUCAAGAAGAAACUGAGACUGGAGAAGAGGGGGCUGCAGUGGAGUGGGCCCUCUACCUCAGGCAGAGCAAACCUGACUAACAUGACCUCCGCGUCAACCCAGGUCCCAGCCCUGCCCCCCCCUGCUGCCUCAGAAACAGCCUCAGGUCCAGCCCCAGCCCAAGGUCCCAUCCCUGCCCCGGUCCCUGAUCCCCAGGCCUCCAGUCCAGAGGGUCCCGGGGUCUCGCACACGUCCUUGGUGCCCACUAUGGCUGCCUUGUUUCUGGAUGAAAAUCUGCCGGACGGCACCCGUCUGGAGCCCGGUACCAAGUUCAUCAAAUACUGGAAGAUGAGGAACUCGGGGACUAUCAGCUGGACCUCAGAGACUAAGCUAGUGUUCAUGUGGGGGAACCUCGGCCUGGCGUCAGAGGAGAAGAGGGAGGUGCCGGUCCCCUUGCUGCUGCCCGGACAAGUGGGAGUGGUCAGUGUGGCCUUUGUCGCUCCUGUGAUGGAGGGGACGUACACCUCCCACUGGCGGCUGGCGCACUGCAGGUGUCAGUUUGGCCCGCGUGUGUGGUGCAGCAUCGUGGUCGAACACGGCGAUGGCCGCAACGCACUCGGGCAUCAGAGCAAACGACUGAAGGAGGAGGUGAGGCCAGGGGAGAGGGAGAAGGAGGUAAGGUCCAAGGACAGCAGCCCUGGCUUGUCUGUAGACCUGAACCAUGAUGACUACUACUUCCCCUCAGUUGACCUGCUGACUGCACAGGAUCUACUAUCAUUUGAGUUGCUGGAUAUAAAUAUUGUGCAAGAAUUGGAGAAGGUUCCUAACAACACCCCUGUGGAUUUGACACCCUGCAUAUCCCCACUGCCCCAUGAUGCACCUGUGCUGGAAAAGGCCAUCACUUCACAGCUAAAAGAAGACACAGAGGUCACAGGGGUCAGAAAACUUUUUGGAGUGAAGCUGAGGCAUCACAGGGAGCUGCUGGAGCCUGUGACCCAGGAGGAGGACAGGGAGGAGGAGAUCAGUGGAGCCCAGUUCCUCUGUGAGACCGUCAUCCGCUCCCUCACCUUGGAGGAAGCCCCCGAUCACAGACCCCUACGCAGAGUCCAACACAGCAGCCACAAACCCCAGGUCGUUUCCCGGGGUCCCAGCUUUUGCUUCGAGAGAGUUGUCGAGGCUGAGAAAACUGAGACGGUGCAAGAAGGAAAUGAGGAGAUCUGUGCCAUCAGACUCGAGAGUUCAGGUGGGCUGUCCGGCACAGGUCUCAACCAGAUCACCCAGGACGCCGAGACAAAGCCAGUUCUGCUGCUGGAACCAGCGAGCGAAAUCAGUUCACACGAUGAUAACGAGGAGGAGGAGGUCUUGGGCUUAGAUGACAUGCAAAACAUGAAGGAUACUCAAAAAGAGAAAGCCAAAGGAGAAGACUGGGAGGAGGUCAGCAGCCAGACCUCCUCAGUCUCAUCCUGCGAUGAUUACAUCAUUGUCCUACCAGACUGCUUCGACACCAGCCGGCCUCUGGGAGAGUCCAUGUACAGCUCCGCCGUGUCGCAGCCCGACGCUCCUGCCGCUGCCGGGACCUCGGCCGAUCCGGGCGGACGGGAGGAGGAUGAGGAGGAGGAGGAGGACGAGGAGUCCGGCAGGGCGGCGCUGCUGACAGAGAGACCGGAGAGGAUGGACGCGGCCGAUGCUGAGGAAUCGGUGAACACGUGGCCUCCGCCCGUCCUUCCCAUCCACAGCAGUGUGAACCAGAUGCUGUGCACCUCCCAAACCCUGGACGCUGUGACGCUCACCCCUGAGGUGGUGGCACCGGUGCCACUGCUGCUGCCUGACCCCCUGCUGGCUCCACCGGCCCUCUACUCCCCCAGGUCUGAGGCACUGUACCUGGCUGAGGACCCGAGUCCUCCAGCCUGUGAACCAUAUGAGCCACAUCAACCAAGGGUCCAUCUAAAUGUAUCAUCUGGUUUGUCAAGAUCAGCGGGCUCAGCAUCCAGUGCCUUUGAGACAUAUAACCCCAGACCAAGCAACACUUUGCAGCCAAGGGGCCAAGGAGGCAUCACAGAGGGACUCGUCAAGGGGGCCCUUUCUGUGGCAGCGUCCGCUUAUAAAGCUCUCUUCACUGGACCAAACUGUUCAAUACAGCGAGGCAUCGACCCGGCCACCAGACAGGACCCUUCCAUGAUGGCGAUGCUCCUGGAAAUGGGCUUCAGAGACCAGCGGCUCAACCAGCGGCUGCUGAGGAAGCACGGCUACAGCCUGCUGCACGCUGUGAACGAGCUGGUGCAGAUGGCCGAGGACAGCCAGAGCAAAGCUGUCAACACUCAGCAAUGAGGGGGGGAAGCUGGAAGGCUGGAGGAGAGCCACAGGAAGGAUUUAUUUGACUUUUAAACCUAAUGUAAAGAGAAUAUUUAGACAGUGACGUGCUUAUCUCUCUCUCUCUCUUCAGUGUCUAGAUUUGAGUUAUUUAAAAAAGAUGAGACAAAGAAAACGUAUUUAAGAUUGAUGCAACUGAUUUUCCAAAGGGUGGCUAGUUUAUUUGGACCAACAGUGAUGCUGAUAAGACACCGAUGUCACUCGAAGUCUAAAAUUUAUUUCUGGAACAUUUGAGUGAAAGAGAUGGAUGCUUUCUCCUGCCUCUGCCUUUAAUUCAGCUUCAGUGUUUUGAUGAAAUUAACCCAUCGGCACACUUGUACAUUGCUAUGAAUAGUGGUUAAAAUGCCUUGUUUACCUGGAACACAGAGCCUCUGCUGUUGGUCAAAAGGAGCUAGUUUUGACAGGACAAAAUUGUGCAUUUCAGCUCUUCAUCGUAGUGUUUGUGUGGCUGUCGUAGCUGCUUCCUCGGCACUGAAAAAUAGUUGUCUUUCGAUAGGGCUUGGCCAGAUUCUUCUCACUAAUAGCGCAGUGAAAAUUAAUAUUGUUUAAUGUCAUAAAAAGAAAUGUUCUGAAAAGCCAGCUCUCGUUUAAGACGAUGCUACUGAAGCUACGUUCUGGGCGUUAAUGGUCAGCAGUGCAGUAGUAGGAACAGCAGAUAUUUAAGACCUUUCUCAAUAAUCGUAGUGAAAUCUGCCUAAACAAUGCAAUCUCUUUCUGUAUCAGAGUACUGUUAUUUUAGAUGUUGACAUGUGGAAUGUAUACAGAUCGUCUGAACUGAUCACCGUUCAGACAGUCAGAUGUUUUCUACUGCUUUUUAGGUGACACCUGCAUGACAGGUAGAGGCUUUAGAGAUGAGUUGUGUUCUUGUGGUCUUAGCGCAGUCACAGUGGAAAAUGUCCGCUUUGCGUCAUAGUUUAAGAACCCUCCUGCCUGCAUCUUCACCGUUCAACCACCAAACCCAAACCUAGCGUCAGUCAUUUCGCCCUAAUCGAAGACACGAUGUCUCCGACGACACAUUCCUCAAUCUCUUCUUGGAACCAAGUGUGUUUUAUUUCAUUACGUUGCCUUUAUGAAAAGCGUUUAUUCGUUCACUCAGAUAUACAUGUGCUGAUUUGACAAGUGUGGUGUGAGUGUGCAGGUUUAAGUUAAUGUACGCCUCUGUUCCUUUAGAUUAUUCCUCCUGUGUGUGAGUUUUCAACCAUAUUUUCUUAUGUCGUGUUUUAAAGAAUCAUGCUCUAGAGAAUAAUUCUGAAUAUAUCUACUAUCGUAUGCUUGUCAAAUUAUUCUUCUGUCACAGAAUAUAUACAUUAAAUACCCUUCUACUAUCAAUCCGCCAAUAAACUAUUUGCACAUC